AUGGAGUGCCUCCACACCUGUACGCCCCACCCCCACCUCCCGCCCGCUCCCACCCACGCCGCUCACCUGCCUCCGCGCACGCCGCAAUCCCUGGUGGCGUUUCAUCGCGCCGCCUCUGACUGGCGCUUUCAUGCUCCUCCCCCCUUCCUCCCUCGCCCGCGCCCCGCUGCGCAAGGCGAUCCGCCAGCAGCACCUCCGUGCACUCACCCGUCACACGGGUUGGCAGUCUGCCGCGAGUGCAUAGAGGGCGCGCUGGAGGACGGCAGGGAUAACUGCUGCCCCGAAUGCCACGUCAGCCUCGGCCACCAACCCCUGCACGCCCUCAGGUACGACCGGCAGCUGGCGGACAUUGAGGAGCGCAUCUUCCCAGAAGUUGCUGUGUACUGCCAGCAGCAGAGGCUGCGGGAACAGGCGGAGGAAGAGGAGGAGGAGAGGGAGAAGGGCGAGAAAGAGCGGCAUGUGCAUGCGCAGGAAGAGGUGGCGGACAUGGCUGGGGAGGCGGCGGAGGGAGCACAGCAGCAGCAGCAGGGGUGGGUGGCAACGGUAGCUGCAGGGGGUGCAGAGGUGUGGGCGCGGGGCGAAGGGGCGAGGCGGCAGAUGCAGGGCAAGGAGCACGGGGGCAGUGGCGUACGGCAUGCAGCAGUGGGGAAGCACGCAUUGCCUACUGGUGCGGCCCUCCACCUCCCACUCAUGCUACAGCUGCUCAACCACCUGCACCACCUGCACACACAGUGCGGUGACGUCAUAGAGCGGGCGGGUGGAGCGGGGGUGACGAUAAAGAGGGGGGUGAUUCAUGGGGAGCACGGAGGCAGGGCAAUGGCAGGAGGCCAGAGCGAGCAGCAGGAGCAGCAGGAGCAGCAGGAGCAGGAGCAGAUGGCGGCAGCAGGUGUGGCGGCGUCGGGCGUGGGCAGGUCGAGCAGCAGGGGGAGUGGGGAUGGCGAAGAGGGGCGUCAGCAGUUGGUGGGGGAAGUGGCACAAGGGGAAGGCGGGGAAAAUGCGUGUGGAGGGCGGCAGACUGAUGGGUGGGAAAGAGCACGGACAGACACGGUGCAGGGCGAGGCAGUGGAGGAGGGAGGGGGGGCGCUGGUGCGUGCGUGGAGGCACAUAGAGAGAGAGCAGCAGGCGGUGAUGCAGCGGCUAAUGGCGGCUGUGCAUGGUGCGCAGGGGGCAGUGAUGAGCAGCACACAUGGCAAUGGUGGCAGCGGUGCAGGGGGGGCAGUGGAGUCGGGGGGUGGUGGGAGGACGCAUGGCUGUGAUAGUCGAGAGGAAACGACGAGAGGGGUGGAGGAGGAGGCGUGGAGGAGAGGCGCGCAGAGAGUGGGCGCUGGAGGGGUUGAGAGGCGAAGGACGGAGGGUGGUAAGGUUGGGAAGUUGUGGGGAGGAAAGGGAGGCAGUGCGGGUGAUGGGGGGCAAAGGAAGCAUGUGGGUGACGCUGCAGGUGAUUGGGUUGGUGAGCAGCGGGAAGGAGCGGGUGCAGCGGAUGCAGUGAGGGGCGAUGGUGGGUCACAGUGGGCGGGGGGGGAAGAAAAUUGUGGGGGGACGAGUAGAGAUGGAUUGGGAGAUGGUGAGAAGCGAGAUGGUGGUGAGGGAAGUGGCAGCGAGGCGGAGAGGCGAGGUGGGCGUGAGAGGGAGGAGGCAGGGGCGGGGCGAAGCAGUCAAGCAGGGUUGAGCACAGCAGAGAGGGAGGCGCAUGGGGUUGCAGGGGCUGUGGCGGGCGGCAGCUGUGUCUUCGUGUGCAGUGCGGAUGCAGACGAGAGAGGGGCAGCAGGGGGAGAAGGCGGAGGGCAGGCGUGGAGCAGUGGUGCAGGGAAGAGGGCGAGCGAGGAGGAGGGCAGGGCAGCAGAGCAGAGCAGCGCCAUGGCAGGCCGAGCAGGGGCAAGCGGCGGCGGGUGGCGCAGGCAGGGGAGAAGUGGGACGGGGGCGUGGAGGGAGGGGAUGCAAGGGCGGUGGGCGGAUGAUGCCCUCCUGGGAGGGGCAGACGCAGAGGAGGACGAGGUGCAAGGCAGCGAGAGGGGCGUGCGUGGCAUGAGAGGAGGCCUGGCAGCGGGCAGCAGCGGCGGGGGGACAGCGCAUGCCAUGGGUGUGGACGAGGUCUGUGAAGGCGAGGGAGAAGGGAAUGGGGCCGGCGAGGAGGUGGUAGGGGGCACGGGGACAGGCGGAGGGCAAGGCGAGGAGGUGGUAGGGGGCACGGGGACAGGCGGAGGGCAAGGCGAGGAGGUGGGAGAGAGAGACGCAGAGAGGAUCAUGUCAGUGGAUGGGCAUGUGGAGAGACGGGUGCAGGCAGAGGACGUGGUGCAGGAGGGCGAGCGGGUGGGGCAGGACAUGCAGGUGCAGGUGGAGGUGGCGGGCGUGGGGGCUGUGGCGGGCCAUGCUGUAGUAGCAGGCGCGGGCAGCGGUGGGGAGGAGGGCGAGGGUGAGGUGCAUGAGGUGGGUGGGAGUGGCGGGGUGGAGGGUGGAGACGAUGCGGUAGAGGUGCAUGCAGGCAGGUGCAUGGUGGCAGCACGCACGCGCACGAGGCACGUGGCAGGCACACAUGUGGGCGUGGUGGAACGUGCAGCACACAGGCGUGACGGCGAGGGCGAGGCCGGGUGGGCAAGGAGGGCGGGUGCAGUGCUGGCAGUAGAGAUGGCGGGCGCUGGUGAGCGCGUGAACGGGCGGGCGGAUGGGGUGGUGAGUGGCUGUGGCAAGGAGGCAGGGGCGCAGGCGGUGGGUGAGAUGCGUGUUGAGUGUGACGGUGUGGUGGCAGUGGCCGUGCAAGUAGAUGGUGAGAAUGAGGGAGGAAGAGGAGGGGAUGCGUGUGGAGAGAGGGCACGUGGAGGGGCAAGCAUGGCGGCAGCAUGUGAGGAUGUGCAUGCAGAGGGUGGGAGAGAGAGCAGGCGGUGUGAGAGUGCGGUGGUGCAAGGCAUAUCGUGUGCUUCCCAGCAUGCAGAGGGGUUGCAUGAGAACACGUUGCAGCAGAACCAGGGAGGACACAGGGAGGCAGGGGAACACAGUAGGGAGGCGUGCGGGGCAGCAGGUGGCAGUGGUGGGAGGGGUGGAAGAGAAGCGGUGGAAACCUCAGGGGGGAGCGGUGGUGGUGGUGAGGGGCUUGAAAGGCGGGAUGGCACAGAGGUGCAGCAGCGUGAGGCCGGCAGGGUGGCAGUUGGUGACGCCGGGGAGCAAAAUACAGAGAGACGGGGAAAAGUGGGCAAGCGGGCGGUGGAAGAGGUGGUGGGAGGGCAGGGUAGGCUGGUGGACGAAGGAUAUCAGUGUGCGGAGGAUGUGGUUAAGGUAAAGGGAAAGGGGUGUAGAGAAGGGGAGGGUAAGGAGAAAGUGGAGACGCGAAGCAGCAGUGAGGAGUGCAUGGGUGUGGCGGCAUGUGGUGUGGGUGGCACGGGAGGGCGUGAUGAGGCAGAGGGUGGUGGCAGCAGGGCAUGGUGUGUGGAAGCACAUGGGCGGAGGGCAGAGACGAGCAAGGGCGGGUUGGAGGCUGGCAUGUUGAAUGGGGUUGUCAGUGAUGCCACUGCUGUGCCACUCGCUGCCAUGCCACACACACCUUCACUCCCCCCUCCUGCUCCUGCUGUUCCCUCUGCUCCUGCUGCUAGCUCUCCUGCUGUUCCCUCUGCGCCUGCUGCUCCCUCUCCUGCUGCUCCCUCUGCACCUGCUGCUCCCUCUCCUACUGCUCCUGCUACUCUUGCUACUUCUUCUGCUCCUGCGCCUGCCUCCCCCCCUGCUCUCUGUGCCAUUCCCCCUGCACUGGCCAGUCCCGCCUCCACCUCUGCACCUCCCACCGCCCUGGAUCACAGUGCGUGUGGCAUUGCCGCUGUGGCCCCUGCUACUGGCCCCCUGGAUGAUGCCUCCCUAAGUGCGUGCCGUGCUGCGGAAGGCGCUGCUGCAGUGCAGAGGGGCGAUGGGGGCUGCCACGCUGAUGUAGCUGGGCUCAAGGCGGUGCAGCGCCCAGAGCAAGGAGAAGAGGAGCAAGGGAAUGGUGGAACAGCCAUGUCACCAGAGUCCACUCCACCCGAAUCCCCUCACACCCACCCUCAUCUCACCACUUCCCCCCCUCUCCACUCCUGCCCGUCGCCUCCUCUUUCUCCUCCUGCACCUGCCCCACCCCCUCCUGCCCCUACCGCACCUACAGCCCCUGCCCCUGCCCCUGCCCCUGCCCCUGCCCCUGCCCCUGCCCCUGCCCCUGCCCCUGCCCCUGCCCCUGCCCCUGCCUCUACCCCUGCCUCUACCCCUGCCCCUGCCCCUGCCCCUGCCCCUGCCCCUGGCCCUACCCCUGCUCCUGCCCCUGCGCCUGCGCGUGCACCUGCGCCUGCCCCUGCCCCUGCCCCUGUACCCGCUGUGCCGUGCACACUUCUCUCCUCAGGUGCAGGGGAGCAGCAAGCCAUGCAGGCAAAGGCAGAGGUGGCAGGUGGUGCAGCAGGGGGGUCAAGUGCGGGGGCGGGAGGGGCAGGAGGUGAGGGCAUUGGGGUGCGCACUACUGGCCUUGAUGCUGUGCUGGGACUCGCUCAUCGCUCCCAGUAG